AUGGAUUUUAUUCAUACAUCAGGUGUCCUAAUUAUACAGCAUCUGCAGAACAACUACCGAGAAUACAACAACUUCUUCAGCUUCAUGUCAAUAGUGGGUGACCCUCGAAAUAUUUUCUAUGUCUAUUUCCCUCUCUGGUUCCAUCUCAACCAUAAUGUUGGCACCAAGAUGAUAUGGGUGGCUGUUGUUGGAGACUGGUUCAAUCUUAUUUUCAAAUGGAUUCUGUAUGGACAGAGACCUUAUUGGUGGGUUCAUGAAACCCACUUGUUCCAGAACAGCUCAAAGUCACAUCUGGAUCAGUUUCACAUUACGUGUGAAACAGGACCUGGCAGUCCUUCUGGUCACGCUAUGGGCUCAUCAUGUGUGUGGUAUGUGAUGGUCACUUCUGCUCUAGCCUUCGCCAGAAGCAGGUUUUAUAUCAAAACAUCUAACUUUUUUUUUGUUUGUUUUUGCAGAUUUCAUCUUGUGAGGUCCAUUCUGUGGACAGCUUUCUGGGUCAUUCAGAUAAGUGUUUGCAUUUCCAGAGUUUUCAUUGCAACUCACUUCCCUCAUCAAGUUGUUCUCGGUCUCGUCAUUGGUAUGCUUGUUGCUGAAGCCUUUGACCACAUUACCUGGAUCUAUAAUGCAAGCCUGAAACGGUACCUCCUUGUCAAUGUUUUUCUUCUCUCGUUUGCUAUUUGUUUUUACUUGCUCCUAAAGCUUCUGGACUUUGAUCCGUUAUGGUCGGUUGCCAAAGCCAAGAUGUGGUGCGCAAACCCAGACUGGAUCCAUCUGGACACCACACCGUUUGCCGGACUAUGCAGGAACCUGGGAGCCUUGUUUGGUCUAGGACUUGCGGUGAACUCUGAGAUGUUCAUUCAGAGCUGUAAGGAAAAAAACAGCUGCAAUGCUGUAUUUAAACUCUUAUGCAUGACUGCAAAUCUCACCAUCCUGCAGCUGUUUGACCUCAUCAAGAUGCCAAAUCACAGCGAGGCUCUGUUUUACGUACUGUCAUUUUGCAAAAGUACUUCAGUUCCUGUUGGCGUUGUUGCUGUAAUACCUUAUUGUGUUUGUAUGCUUAUCAAAGACGAUGAGAGAAAACUCUGUUAGAAAAUUAAAGGACUGUUUUUGU